AAAUUUAUAGGUAAUGGAAUACUAGGAAUAGGCUUUACAGAGAGAGAAUCAUUCCGGUGCCCAGAAAAACGAUUCAGGCAGACGUCAGCAUUAUCCACGUGUCGCCUCCUAAACCCCACUACGUCAGCAUAUUGUCAUAUAGUCUCUCAGCCCAGAAAAUAUAAGCGUCCAACUUGCCUGCUUGCUUUCAAUGGCGAAAGUAAACGGAAAGCGACGGAUAACCUGAGCUGCUCCGUAACGUUUCCUCUCAAGACCGUUGAAUACUACGGCGAUGCUGUUGCUGAGGAAAGUAUGGGGAUCGGUGUUGAACAGGUCGUGCGCCAACUCGGACUCGUCGAAUCGUCGCCUAGUCGAUUCGUCGUCGUCGUCGUCGUCGUCGUCCUCGUCCUUGGGGGCGUUCGAUCAUAUACCUUCGGAUAUUCUGAUCCAGAUACUGAGACUGCUGGGGCCCAAGGAGGCUAUGAAGCUGAGCCUGGUGUGCAAGUCUUGGUAUUCGCUUGCCUCCGAUAAUCGCCUCUGGAUUUUCUUCCUCCAGAACCAACAGGACUCCUGGGACUCCAUUUUCUUCGCCGAGACGAGUUUGAAAUCCACUUAUCCUUUUCUAACAUCCUCCAGUCAGACGCUGGAAUUAUCCUUCAUGCGCAUAUAUAGUGAACGAGUACAAGUUGCCGGUUCUGUUAUUAUUGAUGGUGGUUCUGGUUAUUGCAAGUUUGGUUGGAGCAGGUAUGCUUGUCCGUCGGGGCAACCAGCAACAUUUGUGGAAUUUGGUAACAUUGAGUCUCCGAUGUACUCUAGACUUCAACAUUUUUAUGCAACUAUUUAUAGCAGGAUGCAGGUGAAACCAUCUAUGCAGCCAGUUGUUGUAUCCUUACCACUCUGCCAUUAUGACGAUACUGAAUCUGCCAAAGCAUCGAGGCGGCAGCUCAAAGAAACCAUCCAUGCAGUUCUGUUUGACAUGAAUGUCCCUGCUGUUUGUGCCAUCAAUCAGGCAACAUUAGCAUUGUAUGCAGCACAGCGAACUUCAGGAAUUGUUGUUAACAUUGGUUUCCAAGCCACAACUGUUGUUCCAAUUUUGCAUGGUAAAGUGAUGCGCAAGGUGGGUGUGGAAGUUGUGGGACUGGGAGCACUAAAACUUACAGGGUUCCUCAGGGAGCAGAUGCAGCGGAACAAUAUUAAUUUCACAUCACUGUACACUGUUCGCACACUCAAAGAGAUGCUAUGUUAUGUUGCUGCUGAUUAUGAAGCUGAGGUAUCUAAAGACACAGAAGCAUCAUAUGAAGUUGUGGGAGAGGAUUGGUUUACCCUUUCGAAAGAGCGGUUUCAAACAGGAGAGAUCUUAUUCCAGCCACUUAUUGCAGGAGUGCGUGCAAUGGGUUUGCACCAGGCUGUUGCACUUUGCAUGCACCACUGCCAUGAUGCAGAAUUAACAAGUGAUGAUGCUUGGUUCAAGACUGUAGUCUUGUCAGGUGGGACUGCAUGUUUACCAGGACUGGCAGAAAGGCUAGAGAAGGAAUUGCAUGGACUUCUUCCGUCAUCCAUAUCUAAUGGAAUCAGAAUCAUUCCUCCUCCAUAUGGUGUGAACACUGCAUGGUUUGGAGCAAAGCUUGUCAGCAAUUUAAGCAACUUCCCUGGUCCAUGGUGUGUGACAAAGAAGCAGUUCCGGCAGAAGUCUAAACUCAACCUCAUGUGGUGAUAAGAUUUGUGCUAAUUUGGUCGAGCACCAAAUUACCUGGCUUGGUAUGACAAAUGGCAUUCUGAUGGAAAUGCAUGUCAACCUCAUCUGGUGAAGCCCACUAAUCUGCAUCGGGAACCUUCGGAUUCUCGUUAUAAAAAUUCAGUUUUAGAAUUUAGGCAACAAUAUUUUCGGGAACCUUUGGAUUCUUGUUAUGAAAAUUCAGUUUUAGAAUUUAGGCAACAAUAUUUUUAAGAACUUCCUUGCCUAUUUAUUUUUAAUGCCAUAGUGUUAGCGUCACUAAGAAUUCAUUUACUGUAACUUAUAUGUGUAUGAAAAAUUGAUCCCACAAGUGAAUAAGUUGUCCAGCCUAUGGAACUGCUGAUGUAAUUGACAGUGGAAUCUCAGUGUAUGUAUAUUUGACUUGAAUACACUCAUGGCCUGAGUUUUGCAA